AGCCCUGAGUUGGGUGUUCCGGACAUGACAGUCAUCAGUGACAUCGAUGAAACGGGAAUCAAUCGAAACCUCCAAGUCCGGUAUGGGAGGGACCAGAUUUAUACGUACACCGGAUCCAUACUGGUGGCUGUGAACCCGUACAAAGAAGUGGACUUCUACACUAACGAGUACGUGAAUCGAUACCAUGGACAAAAGAUGGGCUCCCUGGAGCCGCACGUGUUCGCGCUGGCGGAAGCAGCGUACAGGUCUCUUCAGGACACGGAGAGCAAUCAAUCCUGCGUAAUAUCGGGCGAGAGUGGGGCAGGCAAAACGGAGACCACGAAAUUCAUUUUGCAGUACCUUUGCUCUGUGACCAGUAACGUCGACACGUGGGUCGAACAACAAAUUCUCGAGGCGAACACCAUCCUCGAAGCUUUUGGAAACGCGAAGACAGUGAGGAACGACAACAGCUCCCGAUUCGGCAAAUUCAUGCAGGUGUGCUUCGACAGCAAGUGGAUGAUCAAGGGCUGCAUCAUUCAAGAUUACUUGCUCGAACAGAGUCGAAUAACUUUCCAGAGCACCGGCGAAAGGAAUUACCAUGUGUUCUAUCAGCUGGUCGAAGCAGGAACUCGGGAUCAGGAAUUCGCGGAACAAUAUAAACUGAUGCCAGCCAGCCAUUACAAGUGUCUGAAUCAGUCUGGCUGCGUGAAGAUCGAUGGAAUCUCCGAUUGCAAUAGGCUCGCGUUUAACGUGCUUCAGGUCGCGCCGGUGAUGUGCGAGGGUAUUUUCAGAGUCCUGUCCGCUAUUCUGUGGCUGGGAAAUUUAAGCUUCGAAGACGUGGACGGUGAACGUUGCGAGUUAACUAGCGAGGACUUUGACAUCGUUGCUACGGUGGCUCCUUUACUCGGACUGCAGGUCGAAGAUCUGACCAAGGUGGUGCUUAUACGACAGAUAAACGUGCGUGGAAACAUCACUGAGAUACCGUUGAAGGUACAGGAAGCCCGUGAAAACAGGCACGCGAUGGCAAAGGCAUUAUACUCUAGAACGUUUGCCUGGUUGAUCAAUCACAUAAACAACUGCACGAAUCCCGGCCAGGACAGCUCGAGAUUCCUUGGCGUCUUGGAUAUAUUCGGCUUCGAGAACUUCGCUGUGAACAGUUUCGAGCAACUGUGUAUCAAUUACACGAACGAGAAGUUGCACAAGUUUUUCAAUCACUACGUGUUCGCAUUGGAACAGGAACUCUACCGACAGGAAGAGAUCCAAUACUCCCAUAUCACCUUCACGGACAACACCAUGUGCCUGGAAUUAAUCGAGAAACCUCCACGAUGUGUUCUUAAGUUACUGACCGAACAGUGCCAUAUGCCGAAAGGCUCGGACCUAGCUUACCUGACCAAUUUGCACGCCGAAUUCGAGAACCAUCCGUGCUACGUGAAAGGCGACGAUCGUCGAAAAUGGGAGAAAGAAUUUGGUGUAAAACAUUACGCUGGUUGUGUCACCUAUACGGUAGAGGGAUUCGUGGAUAAAAAUCGGGACGUUCAGCAAGAUGUGUUCUUCGACUUCAUGUCCAGAAGCACAAACGAGUUUGUGAAAGAUAUCACGGCUUAUCAAGAUCUUCUUGGAUGUACGGUGGCACGUGCAAGUGGAAAUGCAACUACUAUGUCUCGCGGCACUUCGAAAAGCAAACCAACGCUUUGCGAUUCCUUCAGACACCAGUUACAAGCUCUCGUUGAUGUUCUCCAAGCCACCACUCCUUGGUAUGCCAGAUGUAUCAAGCCUAAUAUGCAGAAAGUGGCGAAUCACUAUGACGAGAAGCUGGUUCUUGAUCAGCUGAAGUAUCUGGGCAUGUUAGACAUCAUUAGAAUUAGGAAAGAAGGCUUUCCUAUACACAUGCCCUUCCAUGAUUUUAUAGCGAGAUAUCGUUGCCUAGACAGGGCACGUUUGUCGCGUUCUUAUAAUGAGAACGAUGCAGUUAGAUGCUUGAUCAGUAAUCAAGGUAUACCGGAAACUGAGUGGCAGAUAGGAAAGACUAAAGUAUUCUUGAGAAGUUACGUACACGAGCCACUGGAAGACUGCAGAAAUCAGAUGGUUACCAGUAAUGCUAUAAUGAUACAGAAAAUAUGGAGGGGUUACGUCGUUCGACGAGAAUAUAAACGCGUACGAGACGCUGCAUUAAAGGUGCAACACGCGUAUCGAGGCUGGAAACUAAGAAUAAUGUUCAUUAGAAAACGAAGAGCGGCUAUUGUAAUCCAGAGUCAUCUGCGUGGCGUAUUUGCAAGAGAGGUUGCAACAGCACUAAGAGAAAUGAGACGAGUAGACGAGGAAAUGAGGAAGAGGGAGAGGUUGGAGGAGGAGAGAAGACUGAUGGAGGACAAGAAGGCUCUAGAAGAAAGCCAAAGCGCACAGUACAAUGGUAUUGUCGGAAUGGAACCCGGAAAAGCUCAAGAAGAAAUCGCAGCGUUGUCACAAAUGGCAGAGCAAAUGAAUUCGAAGAUGGCCGCUUCAGACUUACAGUCUGUGGAUUUGGACAAUCUAUUUUCGUUCCUAUCUGACGUUCAAUCGACAAAAGGUAAUCAGAUCAUCGAAGAAAUUGGAGAACAAAUGGAUGAACUAGUUGAAGAUCUCGACGUGGAAUUGGAAACUGUGAUCCAACAAGAAUUGGAGAUGAACUCCAAGUUAGAAUCCAAAGCGAACACUCCAAACGGACAGGAAACUCCUUCACCUCCGCAGCAAGCACCACAGCAACAGCAACAGCAGCAAAGGAUACCGUGUCCAAAUACUGGCAAGCUUGGUCAGCCAAGUCUUCCAGAACCCACUGAACCUCCUCCACCUCCACCACCUCCUGCUCUAUCCUUGACAAUGAAUGGUGAUUCCUCCACUGAUAAUGGUGAACCAAUCUAUGAAUCUGUUUUACCACGAGAGGAGAACAGUCCAAGUAGCCCAGUUGUGGUCAAUGGAAACUCUGGAUCACUGGUUAAUGGUGAAUCCUGUGGCUCACCUCCACCGGUACCAAAUAAUAAAGUUAUCAAGGAACCAGUUGUUGGUAGCCCUCCUUCUAGGCCAGAGUCCAGAAACUCGAAUAGUCACCAUUUGCAUCAUAAUCACCAUCAACCUGUGCCUCAACAGCAACAGAAUGGCCAUGAUCAACAGCAGCAACAAUCACAGCAAGUUCAACAACCACCUGUCGAGCGAGAACAAAGACGCAAAUGCAGAGUGGAACGCAAACUUCAAGAACUGGAGGACAAGAAAGAACCUGACAACGAAAUUACCUAUCACGAUAUAGUAGAAUUUGCACAAAAUUACUUCAAUAGUCACGAGAGAUCUCCAGAAGGCACGAUAAUGGCCACGCUUACUAGAAAAUCGCGUGGCAAGAGCGUGGAGUUUAUACCCAAGUAUGAGAUGGUCACUUAUUACAAAGGUUCCACUAUACCGAAUUCCCACAUUCAUAUGUAUGAUCCUGAUAACGUCAAUGUGGCUUGUUCAGUCUUUAGAGAUCUCUGUAAGUACAUAAGAGGAGAAAUGAAACUGGACCAGGAAAUUGCGACUAUUCAAAGCAUAAUAGGUUAUGGUAUCGAGCGUGAAGAAUUGAGAGAUGAAAUCUUCGUUCAAUGUAUGAGACAGGCGACCAACAAUCCUAAUCCUGAAUGGGCGGAACGUGUGUGGUUGCUGCUCUGUUUGGCAAUUGUAGCUUUCCAACCUAGUAAACUACUGUACAAGUACUUCGUGUCUUUCCUGAGGAAGAACUUAGCCCUAGAGGGGAGACUCCGACAGUAUGUUCAAUGGUGCGUGGACAACUGUAAAAACAUGAAAGUCUCCUGCAGACAACAUCCGCCAUCAACGGUAGAAAUCGCCGCGAUGAGGCGAUUAGGUACCAUAGUCUGUCGAUUCUUCUUUCUGGACGGAAGAACAAAAGCAAUCGACGUGCAUCCAACUGAUACUGCCGCCGAUGCGGUUGCUAAAUUAGGCGAAAAAUUAGGUCUUCGUUCCUUGGAAGGUUGGGCGAUUUACCAAAGCAGGCCGGAUGGCGAGGAACACGUACGAGCACAUGAUUAUUUGUACGACGUUAUAGCUGCUUGGGAAAUGAAACAAUGCAAAUUGAACACAGCACAAUCAACGUUCUCCACGUUACGGCGUGGAAACAAUGCUACCCUGGGAAGUGGUGAUAAUCGAUUCGUCUUCAAACGAAGACUCUUCAGAAACACUCGAGAAAUAUCCCAAGAUCCCGUUGAAGUUAACAUGUUGUACGCUCAAGCUGUGUACAACGUCGUGAAGUGUGACGACUUUCCAGUAUCGGAAAAGGUCGCGCUCCAAUUGGCAGGCUUACAAGCGCAAGUCGCCUUGGGCGACCCGAAAGAUAACGAUCGGUUGGAUUACUACAGCGAGGUGGACAGUUUUUUGCCUUAUCGGAUCAGCCGUGCUCGUGGCGACGACGUAUGGGUGCCAAUAAUAGCACAAGCGCACAGACAGUAUGGCGCCGGCCGCAAAGAGCUGGCGGCCAAGGUAUUGUAUUUAUCUUGCGUAAUGCAAUACCCGCUUUACGGCACGACUAUGUUCAAUGUCACUUAUCGCGGUUAUUGGUCUUAUGGCAAUCAACUGAUAUUGGGUAUCAACUGUGACGGGUUGAUGCUGAUUAAGCCAGACGACAAGUUCGUCUUAUCAGAGUAUCGUUAUCAGGAUGUAGAGAGCAUCAUGCUAGACCCAAGCGACUCUUUUAUCACGUUGUCACUUCUUCGGCAUAACCCUGACAGCUCGCACAAGUGUUUCGUGUUUGAAACAGCGCAGAAAAAUGAAAUUGGUAGCUUGAUCGUUAGCUACUGUCCAGCGUUAGCUGGUUGGAUCACGGAGAACGAGAUUCCUACUAAGAAGCUUAAGUGUAUCACUAACGAAGAUCGUAUUAGACUCUACCAUAACUUAGUGAAUUGCCGGAGGACACUCGUGGAUGCAGAGAUACUGAGGAAACCGCAAGACUCUGGAGGCGGUUUCCUCAGGAACACUCUCAGAAGGCUGUCUAAGCACAGAAUAGAGAAACUGAGGCAGGAACACGGUAGUGCAACCGAUCAUGGUGAAACUUACAAAGGAUUCCCGUAUGCCUACUGGGCAUUCAGCAGACAAGCUAUACCUCAGAGUCUUUCUAAACUACCUGAUCCUGACGAACAGCAUUCCCUUGCAGUGUUCCAAUUAAUAUUGACCUACGCUGGUCUAGGACAAAAUGGAGAUACUGUUCGUAGGGUGGAAGAUGAACACGUUAACCUGAUACAAACCGUGAUGGAACGUUGCAUAAGGAAGGAGAAUCUGUUAGGCGAAUUGUAUCUUCAAUUGAUCAAGCAAACCACAGAUCAUCCUGACCCUAACAGUCGAGUGAAUCUCAGGCAUUGGGCGUUGCUUUCUUUGGCCUGUUCGGUUAUCUUACCGCCGCAGAAAGUGAUUCGAAAGUAUCUGAUCGCGCAUCUGAAACGGUGUUCCAGCGAUUAUGUCACGGAAGAAGGGAAGUAUGCCCGAUUCGCUGAAAAGUGCCUUUACAAGACGCAGGGCACGAGAAGAAGGCAAUGGCCCCCGAGCAGGGAAGAGAUAAUGUGCACAAUUAAUCGGAGACCUAUUUACGCAAGAUUUCACUUUAUGGAUGGGCAAUAUCAUGCUGUCGAGUUCCAUCCUUCAGCUACAGCUAAGGAUGUUAUGGAGAUUAUUAAGACUAAAAUUGGUCUGGAAGAAACUGCUAUGGGUUAUGCCAUCUACGAGAUCUUAGGGCCGACAGAACGUGCACUGAUACCGGAGGAAAAGAUCGCUGACGUGAUGUCGAAAUGGGAGCGUUACAGAACGGCGAAUGCACAACAAAACCAAUCACAGAGAAAGCACGCACAUCACUUCUUCCUAUUUAAGAAACAUUUGUUCCUUGAUCAGUACAUGAAUCUCGAUGAUCCAGUGGAGAAAGAGUUACUUUAUCAUCAAGUGCUGCACGAUUUACGUGCUGAUCGAUUCCCCAUCACCGAGAAGGAAGCUAUGAUGUUAUCAGCGUUACAAGCUCAACUAGAACUCGGUGAUUGUGAAGACGCUGUGUCAGAUCACGAUUAUCGUACUAUAUCAAGUCACUGCCUACCCACAAGACUGGUUCCAGCUUUAUGUAUAGACGGUGUGCUUCAACACCAUCAAUCUUUACGGGGAAUGACACCACCAGAGGCAAAGAAGGCUUUCCUAAAUUUAAUUCAGUCGUGGCCGUUACAUAGAGCCACGAUAUUCGAUGUAAUGCAAUCGUUCACUUCAAACUGGCCACGCGUUUUAUGGUUGGCCGUUGAUCAACAAGGUCUUCAUCUUCUGGAGCAUCGUUCCAGAAACACUCUUUGUACCUAUGAAUAUAGCAGUAUUCUCAAUUAUAGCCCAGCUGUUAGUUGUUUGAUGAUUAUUACUGGUACUGACAAGAAACAGAGCAAAGUCAUCCUUACGACGUCUCAGGCACAUCAAAUAGCGAAUUUGAUUCGCGAGUACAUGGAUGUUCUUCAGUCACCGCCGGAAAUACCGAAGAGAGAAUCGGCGAUAGCUCAGCAGAUAGCGCAGCAGCCGAUGCAACAACCACAAACGAGUAUUCCGGCUGCUGCUGGUGGUCGUAAAUCCCGACCUGCUUCGGUAUUACACAGAGGUGCUCCAGUGAUACAAUCGCAAGCUAGUUAA